AUGGGGGUUGAGCAGGGUUUCGCCGAUUUAAACGCCCACGGUGAUGCAGCAAGGGCUGCGGGGGGAUCGGGUGCCACCAGAAAGUGCACAGCACUGGAACUUCUGGAAGAAGAGCAAGCCCAGGGCUUCAUCAUCACCUUCUGUUCAGCACUAGACAAUAUUCUGGGAGGUGGUGUGCAACUAACAAAAAUUACUGAGAUCUGUGGAGCGCCUGGCGUUGGGAAAACACAGCUAUGUAUGCAGUUGGCAGUAGACGUACAGAUCCCAGAAUGCUUCGGAGGUGUAGCUGGAGAAGCAGUGUUCAUUGAUACUGAAGGAAGUUUUAUGGUGGACAGAGUAGUGGAUAUUGCAACUGCCUGUGUGCAGCAUUGCCAGCUAAUUGCUGAAGCUCAUCAAGAAGAAGAUAAUCUGAAAGCUUUGGAGACUUUCUCUCUUGAAAGUAUCCUUUCUCACAUAUAUUACUUCCGUUGCCGUGACUACACAGAGCUUCUUGCACAGGUCUACCUCCUCCCAGACUUUCUUUCAGAGCAUUCAAAGGUCCGACUGGUGGUAAUUGAUGGAAUUGCAUUUCCUUUUCGCCAUGACUUUGAGGACCUCUCACUUCGAACAAGGCUUUUGAACGGUCUGGCGCAACAGCUGAUCAUCAUAGCAAACGAUCAUAAAUCAGCGGUAGUUCUGACAAACCAAAUGACAACAAGGAUUGGACAAAGACAGUCCACAUUGGUACCUGCUUUAGGAGAAAGCUGGGGACAUGCUGCUACUGUCCGUUUAAUCUUUCACUGGGACAACAGUCAGAGGUUGGCAACGUUGUACAAAUCACCGAGUCAGAAGGAGUCAACCAUACCAUAUCAAAUUACAUCUCAUGGCUUCCGAGAUGUGCAGCCUCCAGCUGUCACUCAAAAUGCAGAAGGUACUGAAAUGAACCCUCGCAAACGGCCACGGAGAGAAGAGGAAAAGUAACAGCAAUUCAGAAGUUGAAUGUUGAAAAGAUAAUGUGCUACGUGAGAAGAGUUGCAUAGUGAACAUGCAACAAAGGUAGCCUGAGAGACUCUAACUUAAAUUCCUGCUCUGGACAUUAUUUUAACAUUAAGACUGCAGUAUGCAAAUUUGUCGCAGAAAAUUCCUUUGUGUAUGGCAUAAUUUUACUUUUAUAAUAAAAAUCUAU